AUGCAUCACUGGGAGUCCAUGCUUCUGCUACUGAUCCAAGCUGCUGCUGUCCUCACUUUCCCUUCCUUGACAAACGCCGCAGCGUGCGCUGCAGAUGAGAAUGCCGUGAAGCCAUCAUCGUGUUUGCUGCAGGCUCAGCCUGGCAGAUCAUCGAGGUUCGGCGAGAACCGGCAGGGCGAGCGUGCGCUCCGCGCCCUGCGAAGCCAGGCGUGCCAAGCCUACUACCAGCUGCCCAUGGCAAACACCGGGAGCCUGGCUUGGGAUGACACUGCAUAUCUUCUCAGGCAAAAAACAGAGCUGCCGAAGAAUUACUUCGGGCCAGAGCUGGCCUACACUUCGUUCCAGCGAAUGUUGACCUAUGAAGAUGUGGCAGUGCAGCCGAAUUUCUCCAGGGUCAAGGAGCCUUGCGAGUUCAACUCCACCUGCCCGCGCGAUGUGUACGAGGCCCUGGGCUACUGCCUUCCCUACGCUGUACAUGCCGCGCAGCGCCCCAUCAAGGUGAACUACCUCGAAGCAGGCGGGAACACAUCGCUACUGGCUGCUGCAGUUUGGAAGUGCGCUUCGACUUCCUUGACCAAAGCCUUACAGAUGGCUCCGCAGAAGACCCGCUUCGCAGGGCCUCACUCCCAGGCUUUGGAGGCUUGCGUGGAUCAGAACAACAUCCCAGGUUGCCAAUGGAGUACAUCCUUCCGCGAAGGGGUGACGACUGCGCGGUGGAAGAUCGCUACCUUUCGGCACCCUUUAGCGCGCUUCGUCGCCUCGAUCUAUGAGCAUUGGCCGCUGCCCAGCUGCGAUGGCGUUCCCUGUGACAGUGUUGUGCAGCAGGCGAGGCAGCAGGCAGGAAGGCUGCUGAAGGAUUUCCCUGGUCAGUGGAGGAGCUGCGAGCACGCCACGCAGAGCUACUUCCUCUCGGCCACGGAUCGGUCCGGCAGACCCAUUGCUUGGGACUUCCUGGUUGAGGUGGACAAUUUCGGCCGAGACUUGCAGGAGCUGAGCAAGCUCACCAACAUCGACCUGCAGGAGAUGGAGGAGAACUCCAGCGGUGACAGCGAGCUGAAACAGCUGUACUACGAUGCCAUUUUCGCCGACAAUAAGACCAUUUGCUCGGUCUGCAAGGUUUACGCGCAGGAUUUCACUUGCCUUGGAUACGACUUCCCUCGGCGGUGCACGAAUGCGAUCUGCAACUCUUUUGGCAUCUACUUUCCAUGA